AUCCCGCCGCCCCGCCGGGCCCUCUCCCCCGCCCGGGGACGGGGCCGCCGCCGCCGCUGCCGCCAUGCUGAGCCGGCUAGGGGCGCUGCUGCAGGAGGCCGUGGGCGCGCGGGAGCCCAGCAUAGACUUGUUAGAAGCCUUUGUGGAGCACUGGAAAGGCAUCACUCACUACUACAUUGAAACCACAGAUGAAAACACUCCAGCCAAGAAAACAGACAUUCCCUGGAGGCUGAAACAGAUGCUGGAUAUCCUGGUCUAUGAAGAAAAGCAACAGGCAGCAGCUGGAGAGGCAGGGCCCUGCCUUGAAUAUCUGCUACAACACAAGAUCCUGGAAACCCUGUGCACCCUGGGGAAGGCUGAGUACCCCCCAGGUAUGCGCCAGCAGGUGUUCCUGUUCUUCAGCAGAGUCCUAGCCCAAGUACAACACCCUCUUCUACAUUACCUCAACGUCCACCGGCCUGUGCAGAAACUCCUCCAGCUUGGUGGGUCUGCUGCUGGAUCUCCCACAGAAAAGGAGGAGGUACACUUCACCACCGUUCUUUGCACCAAGAUCCAGCAGGAUCCAGACCUGCUCACUUAUAUCCUAGAGGGCAAAAAAGGUGUGGGGAAGAAGGAUACAUCUAGCCAACAGGACAAGAGCUCUCCCCCUGAAGAGUCCUCCAGCAGGGUCCUCAGAGUUGAUGGGGAAUCCUGGGGGGCCCAGGCUACUGGUACCCAUUUGCCAGGAGGAACUGAAGAACCUGACAGUGGGCUUGGGGAGAACAAUCUACUCACCUCCUUGAUUGGGUUGUGCAAAAGCAAGAAGAGUCGAGUGGCCCUGAAGGCCCAGGAGAACCUGCUGCUCCUGGUAGGUGUUGCCCCCCACGCAGCAGCCACCUACUUGGUACAAAGGAGCCCUCUGUGCUCUGCAAUGGCAGAACACCUUUGCCAGCUGUAUCAGGCCAUGCCCAGCUUCCUUGACCCUGCUGACAUCGUCACCCUAGAGGGCAUCAGCUGGAGGUUGCCUUGUGCCCCUUCAGAUGAGGCCUCCUUCCCAGGCAGAGAAGCUUUAGCCGCAUUCUUGGGCUGGUUUGAUUAUUGUGACCACCUCAUCAGGGAGGCACACGAGAUUGUUGCAGGUGCCCUGGCAAAGGCUGUGACCGAGAAGCUGUUUGUUGCAACUCUACAACCCCAACUCUUGCAUGUAGCAGAGCAGAGAAUCCUGACCUCCACAGCCCUACUGACAGCCUUGCUGCACCAGCUCUGCUCCCCAGCCCUGCUGCAGGAAACUGUGGAUUUUUUCAUGGGCACAGAGCAGCAGCCUGAAGUUCCUGAGGACAGUCCCCAUUCUUUGUGCUCUCACCUCAUUGGACACUGUGACCACCUCUCUGACGAGAUCAGCAUAGCCACCCUGCGGCUGUUUGAGGAGCUGCUGCAGAAGCCCAACGAGCAGAUCAUCCGCAGGCUGCUCCUUCGGAACCUGGAGGGCCGCACAUAUGUGGCCCGGGGCUUGCCUGAACCAGAAAGCUAUGAGGAUACCCUAGACUUGGAAGAGGACCCUUACUUCACAGAUGGCUUCCCAAGCUCUGGCUUCCAGUCCACCUCCAGGCUUCCAGCUCCCACCCCCCACCUGGAUGGCAAGACGGCCGUGACGGAGAUUGUCAACAGCUUCCUCUGCCUAGUCCCAGAAGAAGCCAAGACUUCAGCCUUUCUGGAAGAGACUGGUUACGACACCUAUGUCCACGAUGCUUAUGGAUUGUUCCAGGAAUGCUGUUCCCGGGUUGCCCCAUGGGGUUGGCCUUUGACUCCUACUCCCCUGGAUCUCCAUGAGCCUGAGACUCCAUUCUUUGAGGGUCGUUUCCUCCAAGUGCUUUUCAAUCGGAUGUCACGGAUCUUGGAUCAGCCAUACAGUCUGAAUCUGCAAGUGACUUCCGUCCUGUCCCGCCUAGCCCUAUUCCCUCACCCCCAUAUCCAUGAAUACCUCCUGGACCCCUACAUCAGCCUGGCCCCUGGCUGCAGGAGUCUCUUCUCUGUGCUUGUGAGGGUAAUUGGAGACUUGAUGCAGAGAAUCCAGCGGGUGCCCCAGUUCUCAGGCAAGCUUCUCCUGGUUCGGAAGCAGUUGACUGGGCAGGUUCCUGGAGAGCAAAUGGACCAUCAGACCCUCCUGCAGGGGGUGGUAGUGCUCGAGGAGUUCUGCAAGGAGCUGGCCGCUAUUGCCUUUGUUAAAUUCCCCCCAAACAGUCCUCACCUGAACCUGCCUUCACCCCCACAAGGACAUGUCUGAGCCAGAACCAUGGGGGAUGGGGGACUCCGCGUCUACACCUUGGCCUCAAGGCAGCCUCUUCCCCUGGCAUGCCCAGCACUGUUCUCCCUGGAGUGGGGAGAGGGGCCUGACUGUCUCUUCAGCCUCCAGCAAUGGCGCCUGCUUUUCCAAGGCCAGUGGGACUCAGCUCCUGGCUUCUUCCACAUCUUCCAAGGCGGGGCUCCGAAAGGCUGCCAGGGAAGCCGGAGAGGAGGCUACGGCUGCUUCCUGGACAAACACCGUUCAGAGAGAGAGAAUGGGGCGGACGCCCAGCACUUAUCGAUCUUUGAUUUUUGUACCCACUACCUCUCUUAAGGGACUGGCAGAAGAGAGCAGUCGGCUCUUCAGUCUGGGGGGUGGAACCUACUUCCAUCCUAAGCAUCAAAGAGCUGCUGAGACUCAGACCCCAUCCGCCUACCCAAGCUUGACCCAAGGGGAUGUGGGCAGCGAAGGCAGAGCUUGGGGAGGCCCCCUCUUCCUCCUCUGCCCCUCCUUCAGGCAAUUGCAAAAUUCCCAACUGCAGCAUGGCAAGCACCCAAGGUAUGUUCCGCACCCAGGCGGGGGCAGCUGCUAAUGAGAACCUUGAUGUGAGUGCAGCCAGGGUGGGAAAGGGCCCGGGGAGGAGAGCGAAGAGCCAGCCUGUGGCUGGUUUCUCUGGCGCCCUCUGAACCCGUCUCGGCAGGUCCCUGACACCUGGGUUGAGGCGCUGGGAUCCAGGAAGGGCCGUGCCCUUAGCAGCCCGCCCAACUCCCUGGCUCUGAAAGCACACGCAUCUAGGGAACAUCAGGCCUCGGCAGAGUCCUGGAGGAACAAGGCUGUAGUGUUCUUCGGCCCACCUGCAGACCCGGGAAGGGGCUGGGGCAAGAGCAGCCCGAGCCCAUGUCCCGCUCCACGUGUUCUCGGCUGCCGCUGCUGCCACCCCGCUCACCCUGGAUCUGUCUGGGCCUGCAGUGGGCGGUGCUAGCAUUACCUCACAGGGCUAGAGUCGUUGGCUUCCCUACAGGCAGGGAGCAGCAGCAGCCCAAAGCCCCUUUUCUCGUUCCCUGGCUGCCUUUCUCUGGAGAUCAGACUCUGGUUGCCAAGGGGGGGUAACACGCAAGGGCAGGAAACUCAAUGACCUCCCUCAUCCCUCCGUUCCUCGCUGCAAACGGGGAGGAGUAUUGGCUGGCUACUUGUUCUCAGGGUGGAAUAUCAAGUCUGAUCUCAGCUGCUGGAGACUACACGGAUGGGCUACCUUUGUUCAGCUUUGGGGACACAAUGGGAGGUCUGGAAUUGAGCUCCCAACUUCUAUGCACUUUGGCCUAUGCAUGGUGCCCUCUGUGAGGCAGCACAGCAAUAAAACGGUGUGGUUGUGCAAACA